UUUGAGAUCUCAGCCAUGGCUCGUGGUCCCAAGAAGCAUCUGAAGCGAGUAGCAGCUCCAAAACAUUGGAUGCUGGAUAAAUUGACCGGUGUGUUUGCCCCUCGUCCAUCCACCGGUCCUCAUAAGCUGAGAGAAUGUCUGCCUCUCAUCAUCUUCCUAUGGAACAGACUCAAGUAUGCUCUGACAGGAGAAGAAGUAAAGAAGAUUUGCAUGCAACACUUCAUUAAGAUCGAUGGCAAAGUCCGAACUGAUAUAACCUAUCCUGCUGGCUUUAUGGAUGUCAUCAGCAUUGACAAAACAGGAGAGCAUUUCCGUCUGAUCUACGACACCAAGGGUCGCUUUGCUGUUCAUCGUAUUACACCUGAGGAAGCCAAGUACAAGUUGUGCAAAGUGAGGAAGAUCUUUGUGGGCACAAAAGGGAUCCCUCAUCUGGUCACCCACGAUGCUCGCACCAUUCGCUACCCUGACCCUCUCAUCAAGGUCAAUGAUACCAUCCAGAUUGAUUUGUCAUCUGGCAAGAUCACCGAUUUCAUCAAGUUCGACACUGGUAACCUGUGCAUGGUGACCGGAGGUGCUAACUUAGGAAGAAUUGGAGUGAUCACCAACAGAGAGAAGCAUCCUGGCCCUUUUGAUGUGGUUCAUGUGAAAGAUGCCAAUGGCAACAGCUUUGCCACCCGGCUCUCCAACAUCUUUGUCAUCGGUAAAGGCAGAAAGCCGUGGAUUUCUCUUCCACGAGGAAAAGGAAUCCAUCUCACCAUUGCUGAAGAGAGAGAUAAGAGGCUGGCAGCCAAACAGAGCAGUGGGUGAAAUGGUCUCUAAUGACAUGUUACAGAGAUCUCUGUUUAAUUAAAGAUAAUAGAACAU